AUGUUUGGCUUUCCUCAGCAGCAACCUUCCGAAGAAGAACUUAAGAAGCACCAGGAGCAAACCAACAGCACGGUAAUGACUGCUGCUUACGCGGCCGCGUUCCUGUGGGUGUCUCCAAUCGUGUGGAACUUCAUCAGAAAACAGUGGAAGUAA